AUGCGGCGUUACCUGCGCAUCGUGGUGCUGUGCCUGGCCUGUGGCUUCUGCUCGCUCCUCUACGCCUUCAGCCAGCUCGCCGUGUCCCUGGAGGAAGGAGCGGGCGGCAGUGGCGGGAAGCCGCAGGCCGGAGUGGCUUCCUGGAUCGCAGGCGGCGGACGCGGCGCCGCGAAAGGGGCGGACGGCGCGGACACUUCAGCGCAUCCCAGCCGGUGGGACAGGUAUAAAGAUUUCUCUGUGUGUUACUGGAAUCCCUAUUGGAUGCUGCCCUCUGAUGUUUGUGGAAUGAACUGCUUUUGGGAAGCGGCUUUUAGGUAUAGUCUGAAAAUACAGCCUGUUGAGAGAAUGCAUCUAGCGGUAGUGGCCUGUGGCGAAAGACUGGAAGAAACCAUAACCAUGUUGAAGUCAGCGAUCAUUUUCAGUAUCAAACCUCUUCAGUUCCAUAUUUUUGCUGAAGAUCAACUACAUGAUAGUUUUAAAGGCAUACUUGAUAGCUGGUCAUUUCUACAAACAUUUAAUUAUUCAUUACACCCAAUAACUUUUCCAAGUGAAAAUGCACUGGAGUGGAAAAAGCUCUUUAAACCAUGUGCUUCCCAGAGAUUAUUCUUACCGUUAAUCCUGAAAGAAGUUGACUCACUAUUGUAUGUUGACACCGAUAUCCUGUUUUUACGGCCUGUUGAUGACAUUUGGUCUUUACUGAAGAAAUUUAAUUCCACACAAAUUGCUGCAAUGGCACCAGAACAUGAAGAGCCUCGAAUAGGAUGGUAUAAUCGCUUUGCCAGACAUCCAUAUUAUGGAAAAACUGGAGUAAACUCUGGAGUUAUGUUGAUGAACAUGACUAGAAUGAGAAGGAAGUAUUUCAAGAAUGAUAUGACAACUGUACGACUACGAUGGGGAGAUAUACUUAUGCCAUUGCUCAAAAAAUACAAACUGAAUAUCACAUGGGGUGAUCAAGACCUAUUGAAUAUCAUAUUUUUUCAUAAUCCAGAAAGCCUUUUUGUUUUUCCGUGUCAAUGGAAUUAUCGACCAGAUCAUUGUAUAUAUGGAAGUAAUUGCCAAGAAGCAGAAGAAGAAGGAAUCUUUAUUCUUCAUGGGAACAGAGGCGUUUACCAUGAUGAUAAGCAACCAGCAUUUAGAGCUAUUUAUGAAGCACUGAGAAAUUGUUCUUUUGAAGGUGACCACAUCCAUUCCUUAUUAAAACCUUUAGAACUGGAAUUGCAAAAGACAGUGCAUACAUACUGUGGAAAAAUUUACAAAAUAUUUAUUAAACAGUUAACCAAAAGCAUACAAGAUCGUUACAAUAGACCGCCAAAGGAAAGGUGAUUCUUGGAAGAUCACUAAAUCGAAUGAAUUAAACCAACAAAAUAUUAGAGGAUAUGUGUGAAGGAAUAGUCUUGGAUGAAAUAUUCAGGAAGGAAUUUUUCAUCUUCAAAAUAA